AGCUGGUAGAGCAGUCAGUUCAGCACGCGAAGGUAACAUUCAAUUGAUUUAAUCACGAAGCCUGAAACUUUAACAAAAAUACUCAGACCUUGUUUUUAAAAGACUCCCCGGAAUGGAAGUCUCUAUUUUCUUUUUAUCUUUUCAUUUUAUUUCUUUCUACAGAAAUUAGUACAAAACAUCUAGUAUAACGCCAAACUUAAAGAUGAUACUGAAGUUUAUAGAAAAAUUACGCACGUUUUAAGUUUUCCAAAAACUUCUCUUGUGUUACCUGCAGACUUUUCAGCAAUGCCUUUAAGCUUAUUAGCGGGUUAUUUGUUGCUUAUGUCACUUUAUCCUGCUUCUUUCGCUUCCCAUCAUCAACAACGCGUUAAUUUCCGACACUUCCCCAGAACGAGUGAAUUGACUCAUCUGUUCUCCACAAAUUUUACCGAUUAUGAAGCUCUUCUACAAUACUUGAGCUUAGAAAACAAUUAUUCUUGGAGGCCUAGAUAUUUAACCUCUCGUUCAGUAUUGGGCUGGAACUGGAACAAAAGAAAUGCUGGUUUAAACUAUACGUGGCCAGUGAAACGGGUAGCUGUAGUCGAAGGGGACAUCAUUCUUGGUGGGCUCAUGAUGGUGCACGAGCGCGAAGACACACAGAUCUGUGGACCAAUCAUGCCCCAGGGUGGGAUUCAGGCAUUAGAGUGUAUGCUGUACACUAUUGACUGGGUGAAUAACCAGAAAGAUUUUCUACCUGGAAUCACCCUAGGUGGCUAUAUUUUGGACGAUUGUGAUAAAGACACUUAUGGGUUGGAACAGGCGGUUGAUUUUAUCAAAGGUUCUAUACGUAACAUUGAUGAUGGUACAUACAAAUGUCCUGACGGCUCAAGUCCCAUUAUUCGACAAAAAAUUAUAUCAGGUGUGCUCGGGGCGGCAUCUAGCGUUACUUCUAUACAGGUAGCAAACUUACUUCGACUCUUCAAAAUUCCGCAGGUGAGCUUCUUUUCGACGAGCCCUGAGCUAAGUAACAAACAAAGGUUCGAGUACUUCCUCCGAACAGUACCCUCAGAUACUAACCAAGCACAGGCUAUGGUAGAAAUCGUUAAAAUCCUCAACUGGACAUACGUCUCUAUCCUAUAUGAAGAAUCCACCUAUGGCAUUAAAGCCUUCAACGUGCUGGAAGAACGCCUGGCUCUGAACAAUAUUUGCAUAGCAGUCAAAGAAAAACUGACAAAAGAUUCUGGAGUUGCAUCGGAAGGAGUCUACGAUAAGAUUGUCCGGAAAUUACUGUCCAAACAACGAGCUCGAGGAGUGAUCAUUUUUGGUUCUGAUCAAGAGGUUGCUGGAGUGAUGAGGGCUGUCAAGAGAAACAACGUUACAGGUUACUUCUCGUGGAUUGGAAGUGAUGGCUGGAGUGCACGUGCCCUCGUAUUUGAUGGUAAUGAGCUUCAAGUAGAAGGAACGUUGUCAGUGCAACCUCGUGCUCAUGCUGUGGAAGGUUUUGACGAUUAUUUUCUCGGUUUAAAUGUGAAAAAUAAUCAGAGAAAUCCGUGGUUUAUAGAGUAUUGGGAGAAGUAUUUCCAGUGCAAGUGGAUAAAUAGUACCGUUACACCUUACAAUCAAAAUUACGAUAAAUACUGUACUGGUGAUGAAGUAAUGACGUACAGUAACGGCUACGAACCUGAAAGACAACUCCAAUUUGUCAGCGAUGCUGUGUUGAGUUUCGCCUAUGCUUUUCGGGACAUGCAUCGAAACUUGUGCGGCGGUAAAUCUGGUCUGUGUCAGCGGAUGAACCCUAUUGACGGAACGGAGCUGCUUAAAUACUUGUAUAAAGUACACUUUACAGGCCUGAGUAAGGACGAGUUCGAGUUUUCCAAAAAUGGGGACGGACCAGCUCGUUACAAUAUCAUUCAUUUCAAACAGGUGAAACCAACAAGUUAUCAAUGGGUUCGAGUUGGCGAAUACCGAGAUGGUCAAUUGACCCUCAACCUCUCUCAAAUACAGUUUCGUCUGUAUGAAAAAGCUAUGCCCUCGUCAGUUUGUAGUGACCCUUGCGAAAAAGGGCAAGCUAAAAAGUUUGUAGAAGGGGAAAACUGCUGCUGGCAUUGUUUCAACUGUACAAAAUACCAAGUACUCCUCUCGGAAACUCAAUGUGUGGAGUGUCCUUUGGGUUUCCUCCCAGACUACAACCACGAAGAUUGCAUCGCCAUUCCAGAGCUGUACAUGAGUCCAGAUAGUUAUUGGGCCAUUGGAGCGCUUGCUUUCUCAACAACAGGAAUUUCCGUCACAGUGUUUGUGAUUUUAGUAUUUAUUCGUUACAAUGAUACUCCUGUAGUCAGGGCGUCUGGUCGAGAGCUUAGCUACGUCCUUUUGGCCGGUAUAUUAAUGUGUUACGGUAUGACGUACAUGUUGGUACAAAAGCCGACAAACUUCAUCUGCGGCGCACAGAAAGCUGGUAUCGGUUUGUGCUUCGCUGUUGUUUACAGUGCACUUCUGACUAAAACCAACAGAAUUUCUCGGAUUUUCAAAGCCGGUAAACGAAGCGCAAGAAGGCCAAGUUUUAUCAGCCCUAAAUCCCAACUGGUCAUCUGUGGAGCACUGAUCGGUGUCCAGAUAUCGAUUACAACCGUGUGGCUAGCCUUCACGCCUCCUCGGGCGAUUCACCAUUAUCCAACACGAGAAGAUAAUCACGUGGUAUGUGCAGCUUCUAUUAAUGCUAGCUAUAUGGUAGCUUUCGCUUAUCCAAUUACUUUAACUCUCAUCUGUACCGUGUACGCCAUUCUUACUAGAAAGAUUCCAGAAGCCUUUAACGAGUCCAAGUACAUAGGUUUCACUAUGUAUACCACGUGUAUUAUAUGGCUGGCUUUUGUGCCGAUCUAUUUCUCCACAGCUGAGCACGUGGCUCUUAACGUCACUACAAUGUCAGUAGCCAUUAGUCUUAGCUCUACGGUAACCCUAGUAUGCUUAUUUACUCCCAAACUGUAUAUUCUACUUCUACAUCCAGAAAAAAACAUUCGCCAGUCAAUGAUGCCUCAGAAUAAAUGUGGAACUUUAAAGAAUAACACUUUAAUUAUUUCGUCAUCAGCAAGAGUUGAAUCGGCCACACAAUCUGACGGUAAGGACUUCUUGUUCAUUAUGAAAUGAAUGACAAGCUUCGUUCGCUCAAUACGUCUGUGACUCGUAUCAGCUGUGCUACUCAAACUUCAAACGGAUCACCCGCUGAGUUUCAGCUUUAUCAUGCAGACAGAGAUGCGCUCUUAUGAGUUUGAGUGUCUUCCUCUACCUUACUGCGAAUAUCAUGAUUUUCUCUAAUUUCUAAACUAUUUUCAAACUUCCAGAUCAAAUAGUGGAAUGUGAGCGGCUUCUUAAACUUUGAUGUAGUUAUCUCUGAAGUAGGAAGAUCGAAGUACCUUGGAGAGACGUUCAGAGGCUAUUUUCCAAAUUAAUUAAGGAAGUGAAAUAAAUAGUGGAUGUAUAUAUUUGUGAGUAUCUGUGUAUGUUAUCUAGGUUCUGUGUCACUCCAUUACAACUUUGUAACAGCUCCUGUGUCAGAUAAUGGGUUUCUCAUGCUUUCACGUUAAAUAUAAAAUAUUUGGAUAGCGCGUUAAGGACAUCGCGAGACACGCAGUUACAUGACCAGAGACUGUAGAAACGAACGAUUUCAUGUAGCUGCACUUUCUUUCUGUAUAUUAUACUAGUUAUGAGAGCUUUAUGUGUUGUGUCGAAAGAUACGAUACGUUCCGCGCGUAUGUGAUUACCUGAUAGCUCUUAUAGUAAAUUUAUGUUGUUAUUCAUGUUGGAAGUAAUAAAUUGCCAAGCAGGUACUAUUUAACGGGAUUUUAUUACUUUUAAAUGCGUAAGUUACAUAUUGUUACAACUUCUUACUCACUUUUUAAUUAUUUAUGGAACCGCCAUAAAAAAUCUUUAAAAAGCAGGAUACCGCUGACCAGAUGUUAUUACUGAAAUUUGAUUGUCGCCUGCGAAAGAAUUCGGUUCUCAAACCUGAAAGAACAGCCGAUCUACGGAAUCCCAGUCCUGUAAAAGUAGCACAACUCAGUAAAAGGAUAAAACGAAUUUCAAGAUGAAUAAAGUGUCAUAACGUUUUGACAUUCUUGGAACCGGAUAUUCAGAAGAACUACAACGUUUUCAACACAACUGAUUGUUUUCAGUGGGGAUCCGGUCAAAAACCAUUUAACAACUCUCGUACAACUUCAUAGUUUCAGGAAGUAAUAGAAACAAUACACGUUGUUCUAUAGUAUGUAGGUCUUCUUUUGAAUAUUCAGUACACAUUGGAUGUAUUGUUCUUGGAGUAUAGAAUAACACCGCCCUAUUGUAAUGUGAGUUACGUUUGAAGUAUUGUUUAUGUAAGGCUAUUACACAUUUGUUAAACACUAACAUAACGUUUGUAUGAUAUCUAAUGCAUUACUAUACAUGUACCAGUGACAAUAGAUGCUAGAAAGCUGAAGAAUCGAAACGUUUAGUCGUGCCGUGUUUACAAUGUCAACUGACGUACACGUACUAGUGUUGUUAGUCUGGGUAAAAAUCUGGAUGUGCCAUUUAUGUAAAACAGGAUGUAUUGCACGUGUCUCUUCGAUACGAUAACAUAAUGUCGGAUGUGCCACAUUUAUACAGUAAGUUGAUAUUAAAUGUUUCUUAUACACAUUAAAAUGAUAAUAAUUACGCCGCCUGUAUAAUAUAAAAUUACAUAGAUCGCUUUACUGUCGCUGUGUGGAUGGAAUUGAAAGUGUUACGUUCUAGAAUCGAAUGAUACUGAUAUACUAUUUAUGUAUUAUGUUCGUUUACUAUUGCUUCAAGAAUUAUAUUAGGUAGGUAAUGUUUACAAUGUCGAAUAUAACAAAAUGUAUAGUGGAGAUAAAUCUUUGCACGUCACGCUUAUUACAGGAAGAAAACAGACAUUAUCUGUACGUGUGUUACAAGUUACGUCGUUACACUAUACCACUGUGGAUAAAUGGAAUAUUGAUUUUGGUAAUAGUACUGUUUGCAAUAUCAUAUUUUACUUCUUUCUGUGUAAAAGCUUCCGAUUAUAGUAAACAAGUAUGGUAAAUAUCUGUCUGUAUGAGCUAUAUUUUAUCUUUUCUUUUUAUUAGACUAUUAGAAGAACAUGGUAACUGUUGCUCGAAUUUUCAAAUUAUGAAUCUAGAUCUAGACAGCUUUACAGUAAUAUUUAGGGUUGUAAUUCUGAUUAGCUGUUACACAAGAACUGUUACAAAAAACAACUCGUGUUAACCUAAUUUGUUUCUUGUGUAGAGUAGGUAAAACGUUUGAUAUCGGUAUGUGAACAAGUGACAAAUUAUAAAUUAUUAUCAACUCUAGACCUGAUUAUUUUGAGAUUUAAAAACGAUUUUGAUGAUGAUAACAUGUCAUAAUAAGCUUCGAAGUUAUUUAUUAAUA